AUGCAAAUCGAUCCGGCGGCCCUGAGUCGCCCCGACUCAUCCAAUGCAGCCAAGGCUGCGGCGACGACCUCAUCGACGGCGGUCAAAUCAUCACGGAGUCUUCCCUCCGUGCCGCGCUUGGACCUGGAACCGGCGUACACAGAGCUGAAGGCCGCCAUCGGCGAUAAGUGGGCGGAAUACAAGGAGGCCACUGCGUCCUUCCUCCUAGGACAUUACAACCAAAACGAGUACGCGUCGCGAGUCGAUUACUUCCUAUGUGCAGAUACAAAAAUUGAACACCUACAUAAUAAUUUCAUAUGCGCGAUCUUCGCAAACCUCACACGCGACCUUCCCGACCAUGGCGUCGCAGUCUGGGUCUCGGCGAACGAUAAGCCGUCCCUCGUGUCGAAGCCGGUCUCCGGAGAUGCGGCUGAACAGAGAUUGAAGACGGAGGUGAUGCAAUUGCCUCCGCGGGAUCGUCGCAGGAUCAAGGCUAUUCCAGAGCGAGAUCCGAACGAUGCGCCUGCUCCAGAGCUGGAGAUUUACCAUCAGGCGAAACAAAUCAAGUUGCCUAGUCAAGUCCCUGCGAGCGCUGGGGGACUGAACAAAACAAACUGGGAACUCGAGAUCCGAAAACGAUACGCGCAACCUCUUGCCGCCGACACGGGCGAAUUUCCCGAUGCCGAAUCGAUCUACGCUCGAAUGGUCCCCAUGUGUUACGAGGAGUCCCUGCCGGGCGGCGCUAGCUUGCCGUGCGCGGAAUUUAUGGCCAUCGCCACGGAAACGUUUGUCAAGGAUGUUCUUUCGGCGGUCUUCUCGCGCACUCGCUGCAAUGGUCCGUCGGGGACCAUCAACGGCAUGAUGAUGCGCAAAUACCGGCAACAAUUGGAACGGGAGGAGCUCGCGUUCACGCGGGGUGAAAUCGCCAAAGAUACGGCAACUGGUCUGCUGCCAGUUGAGGCAAAAGAAGCCGCCACCCGUCGUUCUCUUGGGGUCAGAGACCUUCGGCUUACGUUAGAACUGAGCCGAGGGGUCCUCGGUCAUAUGCCGUUGGUCAUCGAUCAGAUCAUGGGCGGGUACUUUGAAGACGAGCUUGACACAAGCAAGCAAGAUCGUCUCCCGAAUGGCGUGAGCGGAGUGUCCGAACAUCACGUAGGGAAGCUUGAGGACGACGAAAUGGAUCUGGACAAUGACGAGGACGGUGACUUUUCCGACUGGGAAGGGGGCACUACCUUUGACCGUGAGCAAUUAGGUAGCUUGCUCGACGAUUGUUUGUCUAUGGCUGCUUGA